AUGGAGUUGCCUGAUACGAUAUUUGUUAGGGUUUAUGAAUCAAGUAUGGAUCUUUUAAGAGCAGUGAUAAAAGGAGCAGAAGGGACACCAUAUCAUGAUGUAUCAGAGCUGUUAUCGGUUCUGAUGAUAGAAAAACUGGAGGGAAAGGGAACCAAUGCCGAAAGGCUUGCUGCGCUUGAGGGGGCCGUUAACCAGGUGCUCGAUGCAUCUGAGGCUCAUCGCUUGGAGGUGGCAACGCAGAUGCAGGUGCUCACCAAAGCCGUUUCUGAGUUGACUGAAGCAAUCAAGGGACCAAAAAAGAAACACAAGAAGUCUUAG